AUCAUCUUCCAAAUGUCUUCUCACCCCCACCCACCACAUGCUUCCAUUCCUCUAAUUUCAUUUAAAAUGGAUUCAAAUUUCUUGUGUUGGUGUAGAUGUGGAUAUGCACUUUAUUGCCGAUAUUGUUUGAAAUAAAGAAAAUCUCUGCAUAUGACCUUAUACUUUUCGGAAUUAUUCAACAGGUCUGAAUCUUCUAAUCCCUCAAACGAAAUAAAGAAAAUUUCUGUAUGUUAUGCAUAAUUGGGGAUAUGGGCAUCUGCUUUUCAAGCAAACAAGUUAGUGGCUCCAAUAACUAUAAUACCCACCCCAAUGCCGCCGUGAACAUCCGAAAGAAAACUUCAAGGUCACCGUCCACAACUAGAGCCACAUCGAGGAAACAAUACGUGUCACAUAUUUUUCAAUUUCAACAUAAGUCAAGCAAUAAAGGGUACACACAUCAACAACCACUCAUAAAUUCGACUUCUAGGAAAAGUUCUCGGAGACAAAGUGGGAUUAUCCCUUGUGGUAAAAGAACAAAUUUUGGGUAUGAUAAGAAUUUCCAUAAGAGGUAUACCCUUGGAAAGUUGUUAGGACAUGGUCAAUUCGGCUAUACAUAUGUUGCCAUAGACAAGUCAACGGGAGAUCGUGUUGCUGUUAAGAAAAUUGAAAAGAACAAGAUGCUUCUUCCAAUUGCAGUUGAAGAUGUCAAGCGUGAAGUUAAAAUAUUAAAGGCUUUGACUGGUCAUGAAAAUGUUGUUCAUUUUCAUAAUGCUUUUGAGGAUGCGGAUUAUGUGUAUAUCGUUAUGGAGUUAUGUGAAGGUGGAGAACUAUUGGACCGUAUUUUAGCUCGGAAAGAUAGCCGGUAUUGUGAAAAAGACGCUGCAAUAGUUGUGAGGCAGAUGCUAAAGGUUGCAGCCAAGUGUCAUUUACAUGGUAUGGUGCAUCGAGAUAUGAAACCUGAGAAUUUUCUUUUCAAAUCACCAAAACCGGAUUCUCCAUUGAAGGCUACUGAUUUCGGUCUUUCGGACUUCAUAAGGCCAGGAAAGAAAUUUCAAGAUAUUGUGGGCAGUGCAUAUUAUGUUGCGCCAGAGGUCUUGAAGCGUAAAUCAGGCCCCGAGUCGGAUGUUUGGAGCAUUGGUGUAAUAACUUACAUUUUGCUUUGUGGCCGGCGACCUUUUUGGAACAAAACUGAAGAUGGAAUCUUCAAGGAGGCUUGCAAUAGGUGCUAAGAAACCAGCCUGACUUUCGGCGCAAACCAUGGCCAAGCAUAAGUGACGGUGCUAAGGACUUUGUCAUGAAAUUACUAGUGAAGGACCCUCAUGUUAGACUCACCGCUGCUCAAGCACUAUCACAUCUGUGGGUACGAGAAGGAGGGAGUGCAUUGGACAUCCCGCUUGACAUAUCUGUUCUAUCUAAUAUGCGCCAAUUUGUUAAGUACAACCGACUAAAACAAUUUGCUUUAAGGGCAUUAGCUACCACACUUGAUCAAGAUGAGCUGAUUGUUCUUAGAGAUCAAUUCGAGGCUAUUGAUGUGGAUAAGAAUGGUGUCAUUACACUGGAUGAAAUGAGACAGGCACUUGCUAAAGAUAUUCCAUGGAAAAUGAAGGACUCACAUGUUGUGGAGAUUCUUCAAGCGAUAGAUAGCAACACAGAUGGGUUUGUAGAUUUUGAAGAGUUUGUUGCUGCCACUUUACAUGUGAAUCAGAUGGAGGUACAUAAUUCAGAAAAAUGGAACCAAAGAUCACAAUUUGCUUUUGAGAAAUUCGACGCAGACAAAGAUGGUUAUAUCACUCCACAAGAACUUCAAAUGCACACGGGCUUAAAGGGCUCCAUAAACCCACUUCUCGAAGAAGCAGACAUUGAUAAAGAUGGGAAGAUAAGUUUGUUUGAAUUCAGAAAGCUCUUAAGAAGUGCAAGUAUGGGUUCUUCUCGUUCAUUUUCGUUGAGACGUCAGCGUUAUUAGAAUCAUGUUAUAAUUAAUGCAAAAAAUACUAUGUGUUUAAACUUUAUAUGUAGCUUAUGGUUCCUCCCGCUCACUCAUUGAGAAUUUUGUCGAUACACUAAAUGUAAUUUUUGUUAACUUUUAGAAGCUAUAGUAUAGUUUGUAUUGCCACAUCGCUAUAAUCAGUCCCAUCAUUAUGUGUUAUUGGAGUAAUA